AUGAUUCUCAAGUUUGAAAAAGCCAUCAAUAAGAACCAAGAAAUGCGUGUACGUUAUGCUGAUCAGUAUGAAAAGUUUAUGGAAUCAGAAGCAGAUUUAGAUGAACAGAUCAAAAACUUGUUGUUGUUGACAGAAGCACCUCAUCUGUAUCAAGAAUUCAUUACACUUGGAAGUGUGUCUUCUUUAAUGGCCUUGUUGAGUCAUGACAAUACAGACAUCGCUAUUGAUACCAUUGAUUUGAUCCAUGAAUUGAUUGAUGAAGAUGUCGGUACAGCACAAGAUGAUGUUGAGAGAUCCGAACAAGUAGAGACAUCAAUUAAAGCAUUUGUUCAAGCGAUGAUGGACAAUGAGUUAUUACCCUUAUUGGUACAAAACCUGGAUCGAUUAGAUGAAAAAGAAGAGACAGACAGACAAGGUGUAUUCAAAAUCAUGGGCAUUUUUGAGAGUAUUAUUUCCCUUGAUCCUAAAUAUGCAGAGAAUAUUGCACUCAAAGCCAAUGUGCUACCUUGGCUCUUGAAGCGUAUUCAAGCAAAGCAAUUUGAUGCCAAUGUUGAAUAUGCCAGUGAAGUCAUUUCUAUUCUAUUACAAGAGAACCGAGAUAUUCGCCUUAAAGUAGGUGAACUGGAUGGUGUGGAUAUUCUCUUAAGAGCAUUGUCUGUCUACAGAAAGAAAGAUGCCGAGAUUGAGGAUGAAUCAGAAAUGGUAGAGAAUUACUUUAAUGCCUUAUGUUUGCUCUUGAAUGAACCUGAAAACAAGGAACGUUUCUUGGCAUCUGAGGGUAUUGAAUUGAUGGUCUUGAUGCUAAAAGAGAGAACAUUGGCACGUAUUAGAGCAGUCAAGGUGUUGAACUAUGCAUUAAGUGGUCAAGAUGCCCGAGAGAGAUGUAUUCGAUUUGUAGAUGUAUCAGGAUUAAAGGCUUUGUUUCCUCUGUUUAUGGGUAAAGGCAACAGAAAACUGAAGAAGUCACACUCGACUGCAUUUAAUGAGUCUGAAGAUGAAGAGCAUAUCACUUGUAUUAUCUUGUCCUUGUUAAGAUCAACACAUCAACAAGAUGUACAGCGUAUGCGUGUAUUGCUUAAAUUUACAGAGAAUGAUUAUGAAAAAGUAGACCGUUUGUUAGAAAUGAAACAACAGUAUGAACAAAAAGACAAUACUGUCAAGCAAGAAACAAUAGAAGAAGAAGAUGUAGAAGAAGAAUAUGUGAGACGAUUGGAUGCUGGCUUAUUUACACUCCAACGCGUUUGUUUGUUAAUUGCAGCCCUCAGUGAAGAAGACAAAGGUAUUCGUAACAAGGCACUCAUGUUACUUAAAAGACAAAAUCAAGACAUGUCAAGUGUAUUCAAAAUCAUUGAAGAAGAGAAUGCAUUAAUGGCUGAUUUCAUUGCAUUAAGACGUAUGGCUCGAGCAGAAGCAUAA